UAAUGCAUCCCGGAAGCCUGGAGGCCUGUGGUUUCCGCACCGCCACCCCCACCCCUUGAGUGGACAUUUAUCCUCGCUGCUCAGGCCCUGCCGCCAUCGCCGAGGACCCAUCGCGUGGAGAGGCUGCAGCAGAGAACCACCAUGGCCCUCUUUGCACCCCUGGCCUCCUCCGGCAUUCUGAUGUUGCUGUGGCUGACAGCCCCCAGCAAGGCCUGCACCUGUGCUCCACCCCACCCUCAGACAGCUUUCUGCAACUCCGAUAUCGUCAUCAGGGCCAAGUUCGUGGGGACCUCAGAAGUCAACCAGAUCACCUCAUACAAGCAUUAUGAGAUCAAGAUGACCAAGAUGUUCAAAGGCUUCAAUGCCUCGAGGGAUACCCCUGACAUCCGGUUCGUCUACACCCCCGCCAUGGAGAGCGUCUGCGGCUACUUACACCGGUCCCAGAACCGCAGCGAGGAGUUUCUCAUCGCUGGACAACUGUGGAAGGGGAACCUGCGCAUCACCACCUGCAGCUUCGUGGCUCCCUGGAACAGUCUGACCUCGGCUCAGCGCCGGGGCUUCACCAAGACCUACGCUGCCGGCUGUGAGGAAUGCACAGUGUUUCCCUGUAGAUCCAUCCCCUGCCAACUGCAGAAUGACACUCACUGCUUGUGGACAGACCAGCUCCUCCGGCGCUCUGAGAAGGGCUUCCAGAGCCGCCACCUUGCCUGCCUGCCCCGGGAACCAGGCCUGUGUACCUGGCAAUCCCUGAGAUUCAAGGAUGCCUGAACCCUGCCCCCAGGGGGAGCUGCAGCCUGUGCAGUGUUCACAGUGGGCUCUACUCUGGGGCUCUCUUCCCCCCAGACAAUGAAAUAAAUAAUUGCCACCCAG